AUGGAAUCAAAUACGCAGUAUUUACAGAAAAAGUUUUCAUUUAUUGGGAAAGAAUCAAUGACAUACAAUGCAUUACAGACGUAUGAUCAUUACCCUUUAACCGGGUUAUUCUAUUCCACUUCUAGAUAG